AUGGAGACUCCCAAGCGCGGCGAGUUUCUUGCCCGCUUCUUGGCUCGCACUCAACAGCUGGCCACCGAUAUUGAGGACUUUCAAUCACAAACCCCCCAAACUAACCGUCGUCAUGCCGUUCGUCAGCUCCUCCAACGCUUCUACAACGCCAUCUGCGACCUCAGCGAGUACAAGCCAGAGUCGCCUGUGGCUGACCAAGAAAUAAUCCAGGCCGACAAGGCUGUCCUAGAAGCCUGGUAUGCUCUCUUCGUCCCGAUCCGCGCCCUGUCGUCAUGGACAACAAUCCCGAACGGCUCGUUUCUCGCUGCACGUAUGGCGCUGUUCGUCAUAAUGGCCUUUAUGUUCCAAGACGCUCUCCCCUUUGACCUCCCACUAUCGGACCUUAGUCGAGAUAGAGUGCGGUUGCAGAUGGACUUUGGCCUCACGCUCAAUGAGACUCUGCUGGCCGUUCUGCGCAACAUCUGGCAGGAGAGUGGGAACAACGAGUCCUUUCGCUGGGCCAUGACCCAUCUGAAUCACGAAAACCACUGUAUCCGCACAGACUAUAACCAAGCCGCCAUGCUGGCUCUAUCCCCCACCGAGCUAUGGAAAGUCCCAGGAAUGACCGGCACGCAGCAAUGGGUGCCGGAGCCGGGCGCUGAGCCCAUCUAUGAAGGGUUUGACAUUGCCACCGUGGUAUCGUUUGGAGAACCAAGCCAAAUUGGGGGAAAACAGCCCGUCAUCAAACAGACGCUAUACUCUGAAGGCCCCAUCCGCUUCGACAUGACCUAUUGCCUAUUUGACGAUGACUCUGAAGAGUGGCACCACGGGCCGAAGCGGUGGCGGGCGUUACAAUUCAUCCUCGACGCACGCCAAAUCAUGUAUCCGCGGUUGGUCAAAGAACGAGAGCGACUUGCAAGCAGGGCCAUGGGUGGGAGGCUGCCUCUGGAAUUACAACGCUUGGUGCUCGAUUACCUGGAAAAGCCCGUUGAACAUCCGUAUUUGUCUCACCUGGACUUGUCAAGCGUGUACGCUCCGUUUCCAUCACUGGCAAAGGAGUGUGGCACAUGCGAACCGACGACCAAAGAGACAGCAAAAUCGGACAAACAAGUCACCUGCCCCCACAAGAGCAUUUAUAUUUGGAACCUGGCGUUGCGCACAUUUCACACAUUUCACGAGUCUGCUGAUGGAAACCUUUCUAUGUGCUUUCGCCUAGAUGUCUGUGCAGGCCACCAUGAAGACCCGGGCUGGGACAUUCCGCAUGAAGAAGCUCUUCGGGCUCAACUCGAGCGCAUCGUCAGGUCUCGCUGCGGGAGAGCUGCUUCUCUGAAAUCUGUCGGACUCGGACCCUUUAAGUUCAUGGAUGGUCCUAGGAAUUAUGCCGAUUUACAAACAUGGCUAGACCUACCUGCCUGCGGCCUAGACGAGAAGGAUUUUGAGACGGACCUGGAAAUGGCCAACGCAAUGGGUUUGGCCAACGGUAUGGUGCAUAACUUUGGGUUUUCACCUCGCUUUGGAAAUGAUCGCCUUUACCACGGGCAUUCGCGAAAGAAGCCUGCAUGGAUUUGGGCAUGGUCAACAAACGACAAGGAUCGGGCGAUGGAGGCUUUGAGGAAGACACAUAGAUGGUGCGUAUGGUGUGAUAUUAACUAA